AUGUCACCUGCAUCUCGACCCAAAGCCCUUCUCUUUGACAUUGGGGGUGUUUGUGUCGCAUCUCCUCUCAAAGCGAUUCUCGACUUUGAACAGUCUCAGCGCAUACCUGUUGGCUGGAUCAAUUACGCAAUCGGGGCAAAGUCGCCAUCGGGCCCUUGGCAGACCAUUGAGCGGGGAGAGGCACCGCUAGAUGCUGCCUGGUUUGCAUGGUUCAAGAACGACCUUGAGGAUCCUUUGCUAUGGGAAGAAUUCCAUACGAAGUUGAAUCGUGGAUCAGGGUCUGUCCCACCCGUCCCGAGCAUUGACGCCCAGACUCUGUUCUGGUAUAUGAUGGGAAUUGUACGCAAUCGAGAUGAGCAAAUGUUUUCGGCGCUGCAGAGGCUGAGGGCGUCUCAAAAAUUCGUUCUGGCGGCGCUGUCCAAUAAUGUCACCUUUCCUAAAAGUCACCCGUACAACGAUCUCACACCUGCGCUGGCGGAUCUGAUGUCACAAUUCGAUGCUGUCAUCUUGUCUGCGACUGUCGGUCUGAGAAAGCCAGAGCCGAAAAUUUUCGAGAUUGCAGUACAGCAAAUAGACGCAAUUGAUAAGGAAAGGAGCGGAAAGGGUGUGAGUCCGGAAGAGAUCUUGUUUUUGGACGACAUCGGAGAGAAUUUGAAGACUGCGACGCAACUUGGAUUUAAGACGAUCAAAGUUCGGCCGGGAAAGAUCGAGAAUGCAGUGAAGGAGCUGGAGGAAGCUACGGGAGAGAGUCUUGUGGAUAAAAAACAGGCAAAGCUAUAG